UGGUAUAGUGAAAUGAUGAUGAGGUUCGCACUUUGAGGUAGGUUCAGCGGAAUAGGUAGUUGUGGCUUUGGGUGUACAAAUUGCAAUAUUCCGUGAAGUGCAGCCUCCGGCGAAGCUCCGAUGCAUUUCUGGAUCGACAAACGCCAGUGCGCUUACAGCGGCCGCCACCGCGUACCAUCCUCUUUGUCAGCCGGCGUGGGGAGGUCUCGUGGGCGCGUAUGCGCGGCUGCGGGGCGUAAGGGCAUGGCGGCGCCGGUGCACCGCUUCGCACCCGUCGACUGCGGGCCGCGCCGAUCACGUCCGCUCCGCCACUAUGGACCUCCGCCAAUGCCAGCGGUGCACUCGAGCAGACGUCAGAACGAAGAAAACAGCCUUUAUGUGGAGAUCCCACCUGAGCCUCCUCAACCGACGAUAGCCAGCCUCGCCGCCGCGCGUAGCGUAACUCCCGACACUCUACUGAGGACCGCAGCCCUGGGGCUCCACCAUUCCCCCAUGAUGGCACCACACCUGAAGUUUGGUAUGCUGGUGUCCUUUGCUCUCGCCACUGUGUUCUUAGCUGGAGCUAAAUACUAUUUCGAUAGACAGCUGGUGCGCGGCGCGGCGCCGGCGGGCGGCGAGCUGGGCGUGGGCGUGCUGUGCGCCGCCGUGGCCUGCGUAAGCUGCGUGGGCUGCGCGCUGGCCGUGUGCCGCGCGCGCCCCGGCCCGCCGCCGCGCACGCCCGAGCGCGUGUCCUCCACCGCGCGCCGCCCGCUGCCGCGCACGCCCGUGCGCAGCGCCGACGCCCGGGAGGUGACAGUAUCGGAGCCCACCGAAGACAUAACCCUGACGAUACUCAGUCGGCCCGAACGUGACCCCAUAGUGCCACAAACCAUAGCCACGACCGGGGCAGGCUCGGAAGCCCCGCCGCCCUACCACAUCGCUGUACUGCUACCUACUCGGGCUUCCUCCCCGCCCCCACCAGCCUACUCAGCGCUUAGCUAGCCUUCGGCCUUCACAGCACCGGAGCUCAUCAUAUAAUGGGCUGUUACCGUGCUGUUGUGAAAAGUGAAGUGAAGUGAAGUGAAAGUGUGGAUAUACCCUUAUAAUUAUGUGUGGAGAGUACUAUUUACGGCCUCAUAAAAUUAUUUUAUCCAAAGUGAAAUUAAUCAGAAAUGAUUCUUCUUCAACUAAUAUAUGUAUGUUUUUUUUUACACAUUCAAAUUUGCGAAGUAGCUGUAUAUCAGCGAAGUGAUGACCAUUAGUAUCCUGUUAAUACCGGUUUCUAACAAAGUUUAUUAUCCACGGAGAUACAAAAUAGGCUGGGCCUGGAGCUUAAACUCGCCACACUGCUCUAAUGCUGGUUGAUGGGCUAAGUUUAAGGAGUCAAGUUGGAGAUUAUAUUGAAACUAAGAACAUAUUUUUUUGGUUUUUUCACCGUUCUGCAGAUUGCAAAGGA